AUGUUUAAUCAAAUUGAAGACCUUUCUUAUCGACUGAAACAAGAUAUUCGUCAAUACAACAAUCAUCUAACACCAAUUAGUGUUUUUAAUUCAUCUUCUAUUAUAAAUCCAAAUGAAUUAGAUCAAUCAUUCAUGUAUUCACUAUUAUUAAAAGAGAUUAUUUUAGAUAUGCCAUUUGAUAAUGAAACAAAAAAAGAAUAUGUCGAAUUUUGUCGCAUUCAAUAUGCUGGAAAUGAUAUGCAAAUGAAAAAGAUAGAUGAAUUCGAAGAAAACUAUCAACCUUUAUUAUCUAUUCAGUGGUAUACAAAAGCAUGUUUUAUUUAUUGGACUUUAAAUAAAGCUUUAAGAAAUCAAGACACUGAAAUUAUAAUCAAGAUGGGAUUUUUUCUUCGAGAUCUUCAUUAUCAAAUUAAACAAUUACAUUCAAAAAUGAAGAGUCAUGAUCAUCUGCGUGUUUUUCGAGGACAAGGUGUAUCACUGACUGAAUUUGAGAAGAUAAAGAACAGUAAAGGUGGUCUUUUAUCAUUCAAUAAUUUUUUGUCAACAAGUACUGAUGAACAUGUUGGGGAUAUGUUCGCGGAUAGUGCACGACAGAAUCCUGAUCUGAUUGGUAUCAAAUUUAAAAUAGAAAUCGAUUUUUCUAUUUCAACACAACCGUUCGCUUCUAUCAAAGAAUUUAGUUCCUUUGAAGAAAAUGAAAUUCUCUUUUCCAUGCAUACGGUAUUUCGAAUUGUUGACAUACAAGAAAUUGAAAAUCGAUUAUGGCAAAUCGAUUUAAUAGUAACAAGUGAUGAUGAUCCGCAUUUAACAAAUCUUACUAAAUACAUUCGAAAUGAAAUUGAUGGAUCAACAGCAUUGCAUCGAAUGGGUCAUUUGAUGAUUAAAUUGGGUAAAUUUGAUAAAGCUGAAGAAUUCUACAAUACAUUACUCAAUCAAACUUCUGAUAAUAAUUACGAAGCUAUCGCUCAUCUUAAUCAUCAGUUAGGGAUUAUUAAGCAAGAGAAAGGUGAUCUAUCAGAUGCACUCACCUUCUUUUCAAAAACAAGUGAAAUUAUGCAACAAAAUUUGUCAGCGAAUCAUCCCGAUCUGAGUAUUCUCUACUAUCACAUUGGACUAACAUAUCAAAGAUUAGGAAAACAUCCAGAUGCACUUUCAUACUAUGAAAAAUCACUAAAAAUUGAACGAAAAUCUCUUUCAUCUGAUGAUCCAAAACUUGCUACUACCUACUGUAAUAUUGGUUUACUCUAUAAUGAUAUGGGAGAAUAUGUAAUGGCACUCUCUUACUAUGAGAAAGUACUUGAAAUCCAACAAAAAUCUCUUCCACUCUAUCAUCCAUACUUGUCUACUACAUAUCAUAACAUUGCUUUAGCUCAUUAUGGAAUGGGAAAUUAUUCAGAAGCAUUAUCUUAUUAUAAAAAAGCACUUGAAAUUCAAAAUAAAUCUCUUCCAACAGAUCAUUUCUUACAAGCUACUACCUAUUGCAAUAUUGCUUCGACUCUUAAUGCAAUGGGAAAAUAUUCCGAAGCGUUCGAUUAUCAUAAGAAGACGCUGGAAAUCGAGCUAAAAUCUCUUUCAUCUAAUCAUCCUGGUCUUGCUAUUACCUACUGCACUAUUGGUUUCUCAUAUCAUGAAAUGGGGCAAUACUCACUUGCAAUCACAAACUAUGAGAAGGCAAUAGAAAUACAAAAAAAAUCUCUUCCAUCCAAUCAUCUCGAUCUUGCUAAUACAUACAAUCAUAUUGGUCUUACCAUUGAUUCAUCGUUAUUUUUAAAUAAUAAAUCGUCUUUAACAAAUAAUAACAAUUCGAACUAUUUUUUACCCACGAUCGAACAAGUAAAACUAGGUCUAGAUCAAUGUCCUAUAGAAAUUACGAAUGCACUACAAGCUAAUCGAUGGUUCGUCAUUUUUGGUGAUCCAGGUAGUGCAAAAACUACUCUUCUUCGUUGGAUUACACAUAUCUUUGCUGAAGCAGCUUAUCAUGAAGAUGAAGAAAUAGUUUUCGAAGAAGAAAGUGUUUACCUUCCAAUUCGAAUUCCAAUUCGAAUUCGAAUCGUUGAGUUUGCAGAAUGGCUUAUUCAACAUCAAACAAAGACACUAAUAGAUUAUAUCGGUGAACACACGUGGUUUUCAGAACGUUAUUGUCAUGCUGAAGAUGGAAAUGUGUUGAAAGAGUUGAUAUAUCAUGAUUAUGCUUUGAUUCUUCUUGUUGAACUCAUGGGCGGCGCAAGCUCUUUUUUUUAG